AUGCUCGGUGAAGGUGACGGUGCAUUGGAUUUUGCAGGCAUAGAGCAGCUUGCAAGCGAAGAGCUUACAGAGAAUGGCAUUGAUGCAGAUUGGGGUCAGCUCUACCACACUUGCGGAGGUGAGCAUGGCUUCGGGGCUGCACCCUUUGAUAUCGCUACGCUCCUGUACCGCAAGUCGAGAUGGGAAGUCAAGCAGAUGGGUGGUACGUACUUGCAACCCUUCAGUGGAUGCAUGGAGAGAAGCGGUGGUGGCGAAGGUCCCACAAACUACAGGGUCUUCCUGGGACAGGCUUUCGUUCACAAGCGGACUGGUUUCGAAAUCAUUGUGGUCGUUGCACACUUCCCGCACAUAAAAAGCUACCAGCGAGAGAUCCAAGCACUGUCAUCUGCUCUGAGUUCAUUUCGUGUAACUUCUGGCAUAGACCAGGUUGUCUUGAUCGCGGACACGAACCAGCAAAAGGCAGACAGUGAGAUCAUGGCAGACAUCUAUCCGGAAGCGGCAGGAGUCGUUGGCAGCACGCCUCGAACAACUUGCUGCUACCCGAUAUAUCUGCAUGAUUUUGAUCGAAUUAUUGCUGCGGGCUUCCGGAGUCAGGAGGCCUCAAUGACAACGGUCUUUCCCUUUGGGAUCGGAGAUAACCAUAUGCCUCCAGACUGGGCAAUUGUAAACAUGCAUGAUCCCGUGAUUGCCGAGUUCUCUCUAGGAGGCGGUUUGAGCUUCAAACGCUCGCAGAGAUCCGCUGCAGCUCGAGGAAUAUGGCAGACAUGGUUAGCCGGUUGCCUGCUUUUCCUGUCCUUCAUGCAUCUUCAGGGCUGA